CCAAUCACGCGCGCGUCGUCGGCCACAAGGUGCAACAAUUGCCAAGUUGCACGGAACGUGUCCAGCAUGGCCGAGAAGCAGCCUCUGCUACCAGGUCUCAAUCUACGCGUCAACACGGCGGCCGAGCCCCGGCGCGUCGGGUCCGGGCGCGAGACGCCGACGCCGGUCUCGAGCACGCAGAACCGCCAGUCGCGCCAGUGGCGGUUCUCUGUUGUCGAAGAGCUUGCAUCGCCCGUGUUCCGCGACGACUUUGACGAGAUGCCAUGGGAUGCCAAGCAAGCGUCGACAACGCCCCACCCGUUCGAGUACAACCCCCAGAGCUCGGCGCCGCGGCUCCGGACGCGCACUAACAGCCUUGGCGCGCUGCGUGAUGGCGGCAGCCAAACGCCCUCGACGUCGACGAUCCCCGAGAACGACGCGACUGUGUUUGACGGCGCGUACCACUCGAUGUACAUUUCGCCGCACCCCAAAGGCUGGCGCGGUAUCGUCGUCUUGCUGCAGAGUCCCGUGCUCCUCGUCUUGAUCGGGCUCUUCUCCGCCUUCCUCGGGCUGUGGCUCGACGCCAUCAUCUUGCGUGUGACCGCCUACCACCAAGCGCUCGCCAGCAACGGCUUUGGCGUCUUCUUCCUCUUUUCCCUUGCUGCCGGCAUCCUUGGGACACUUCUCGUUCACUUUGUAUCGCCGGAAGCUGCAGGCUCGGGUCUGCCACAAAUGAAAGUCGCGCUCUCUGGUGUCGACAUGCAUGAGUUCCUAAGCGCACGCUGCCUCGUCGUCAAGAUGGCGGGGCUUGUCAUGGCGUACGCGGCGGCGCUCAGUAUCGGCAAAGAAGGCCCGUUCAUCAUGAUCUCGUGCUGCUUUGCCGAGUGUUUGAUGCAGAUGGACAUUUUCCGCCGCAUCCACGACGACUCGGCCAAGCGGCUCGAGAUGCUCGCGUGCGCGUGCGCCUCGGGCGUUGCGGCGACGUUCGGAACGCCGUUUGGCGGCGUCCUCUUUGCCGUCGAAGUCACAUCGUCGUUUUACAUGGUGCGGACGCUUCCGCGAUCGUUCUUUGCCGCACUCGCGGGCUCGAUCACGAUUUCGUUUCUGGUCACGAACGGCAAGUACGGCCUCUUUGACCGGUCCGCGGGUCUCGGCCUCAUCGACACGGACUUUACUCGGUGCGUUGAGGUAUGGACAACUUGUAUGCAACAGGGUGCUGUAGCGAAUUCACAUCCGUGGACAUGUGCAUCUUCAUCUUUAUCGGUGUCGUCUGCGGCGUCCUCGGCGCGGUCUUCAUCUUUGUCAUCUCGAUGCUCGUGCGAGUGCGCGAUCGGUGGUUUCUCAGCUCUCGGUACGCCACGUUUUCCGCCAGGUCUUGAAACACGAGGUAGCGGCCCGCGACUACUGUACAAGCGCCUCGGUAUCGUCAUCCUCGUGACGUUGAUUGCCAACAUUUUCGAUUUCUUUGGCGAUCCGGCAUGGUUCCUCGACCACGGCUCGCCGCAGACGAUCAUCAAUACGCUCUUCACCAAGGCCGACUCGAAAGAAGAGGGCGCGGAGCUCGCGCGGUCCCUCAUCACGUUCUUCCCGCUCAAGUACAUAUUGACCAUGAUCUGCGUCGUUGUGCCGUUGCCCGCUGGUGUCUUCACCCCGACGUUUGUCAUCGGCGGCAUCUUUGGGCGCAUGAUUGGCGAAGCCAUCCAAGUCACGGGCGUUGUCUCGACCGAGUUUGAACCGUUUGAAUUUGCGAUCCUCGGCGCCGCCGCCUUCUCGACUGGCGUCACGCGCGCCAUCUCAACCGCAGUCAUCAUCAUGGAAGUGAGCCACAACGGGUACCUCACGAUCCCCGUGUCCAUCUCCAUUUUGGCUGCAUACUUCACGGGCGGUCGCUUCAUCGAGAAUGUCUACGACGUGCUCAUCACGACGUCACGCUUGCCGCGCUUGCAAAAAUUGCCGAAAGCGGCCUACGACAUUCCGAGCUGGGAAGUCAUGAAGACGGUGGAUGCGAUGGUUGUGCUGAGCGCCGACGCUACGUACCGGCGCGCAGAAGAGCUCCUCGCGCUCUCGGGCGACCCCGUCUUCCCCAUCGUCGACUCGUCACGGUCGAUGCACUUGAUUGGCGCGGUGACCCGGACGCGCCUCCAGCAAGCGAUCGAGUACUGCUACCUCAAGACACGGCUCAUGCCACCGCAGGCCAAGGACGACCGCACCAAGCAGCUCCUCGACUGGCGUAUCCAGUUUGCAUUUCGACGGGGCGGCCACGUCCUCGGGCUCGGCACAAACACGAUCCUCGAGCGCACCAAGCUGACGGUGCUCGUAAACCCGAGUCCGUUUACUGUCGUGGGCAUGACCAACAUGCAGCGCGUCGAUACGAUCUUCCGCAUGCUCAAACUCAACAACGCGUAUGUGACGCACUGCGGCCAGCUCGUCGGCGUCAUCUCGCGCGCGCGUCUCAUGCAAUUCCUCAGCACGACAACCAAGUACCGCAUCCCCGGCGUCCUCAAGCACGUGAGCCACAUGAUCAGUGAAUGCUGCCCCAAAGACAAGAAGCCCGUCCCCAAAGACGAACCCAACUUUGACGAUUACGUCCAAGUCCCCUAGUGAUCACUUUUGUGGUCGUGUAACCCUAAACCUCCGUGCUCGCGUUAUCAUGGGAUCACAUGAACUUCGCCCGAUGCAAACGCUACGGAGACACGUGCAUGCAUCAAG